GCUGAGGACGGAGGAUGUUGAGGUGAGCGCUGAGGUACCUCAGCAGAGUCUUUAAAAAUUCACAGACUCACAUCAAGCUGAGAUCAUCAGAUUCAAGUUUGUGUGCAACUGGAUUCAUGGUCAAGCCUGUGGUCAUGGAUGCAAAACUGUACCGGGUUCCUCCUGAGGUCAGAGGGAUGACCUCUCUCGACAAACAGGCCUUCACUCAGAGCGUCUCAGUCCCGGCCCUCUGUGUCUCCACCCGGGUCCUCAACAAAGUUAUCAAGAGUUUGAGGAAGUCCACGAUCCAGCGCCCUGGGAUCGCACGGGUCGUGAAUGCAGGGAGCGAGGAUGAGCGUCUAAUUCUGCUGGACCCCCGCAGAGUGACAUCCACGGACUCCUUCAGUGCAGCGGAAGUGGAGGCGCUCAGGUCCUUCGACGUCCCCAUGGAGCUGCGGUUCCACCAGCUGACCCUGACCUACGAGAACCUGAAGAGCGAGGAGGUGCUGGAGGCCAUACUGCCGCCAGGUCAGGACGUGUCUUCAGGCUUCAGUCGGGUUGGACACAUUAUCCACAUGAACCUGCGGGACCACCAGCUGCCGUACAAGACGGUCAUCGGUCAGGUCAUGAUGGACAAGAACCCCGGGGUGACUUGUGUUGUCAACAAGACCAACGUGAUCGAUACCACUUACCGAAACUUCAAGAUGGAGGUUCUGGCCGGUGAAGAGGACAUGUUGGCCAAAGUGAAGGAGAACGGGGUCACGUACGAGUUCGACUUCUCUCGAGUCUACUGGAACCCGCGCCUGAGCACCGAGCACCAGCGUGUGGUUCAGCUGGUCAAGCGUGGCGACACGGUCUUCGACGUGUUUGCGGGGGUCGGACCCUUCGCCAUCCCGGCCGCCCGAGCCGGCGCUGAAGUGUACGCAAAUGACCUGAACCCAGAGUCUUUCCGGUGGCUGCAGCACAAUAGCCGAGUCAACAAGGUGUCGGGGGGAGUCCGCUGCUUCAACCUGGACGGACGAGAGUUUGUGCGCGGCCCGCUGUGCCAGCAACUGCCGGCUCUGCUGCUGUCGAACGCCAACGUCCACGUGGUGAUGAACCUGCCUGCGCUGGCUCUGGACUUCCUUGACGCAUUUAAAGGACUGCUGCCCCAGCAGGACCCGGAAUACAACAAGCUCCCCACCGUCCACUGCUACGGCUUCUCCAAAGAUCAGAACCCAGAGGAGGACGUGGUGAGGAGAGCAUCCCAGAAUCUCGGCUUCCCUCUGGACGGACGGUGUUCCGUGCACUUUGUCAGAAACGUGGCACCGAAUAAAGACAUGAUGUGUGUGAGCUUCACGCUGCCGAAGGAGGUUCUGUUCAGUCUGGAUCAGGAUGAGAGCGAACCUGCACCAAAGAAGCAAAAGUGCGACGAGGUGACUGCAUAGACAUGUAUUUUUUUGUUUUCCACCUGGACAAUGAGACAAUGUCGACAUUCUUUUUAUGAACAAUUACUUUUUUAAUUUUAUUAAACAAGUCGAC